AUGGCUGGACCUACCGCCGCUGGUGAGAACGCACACGGCGUACGAUCGGGCAACAAUGGACGUCCUGCGAAGAUCAACCUGAAAGCGAUACGUUCUCUACAGACCGUCGACCAGGCCUCGAAGAAGCAACCCCAGCAAGAGCCAUUCGGUCCCGAGGACCCAGCUCCUCAACUACCACCUAGACACGCUCAGCGCGACCGCCAGCGUAUGGUGGAGAAUACUUGA